CUCCGCCCGCCCAGAUGUCAGAGGGCAUUUCAGACCCCCAGGGCUUGGGACACACAGCUGGGCCCAUGGCGAGACGCCCACCCCUUCCACCCCGGGCUCAGUUGCAGCUGUCCCUUGUCGGCCGAGGCCGCCACGAACCCCGCCCCUCGACUCGUGGGCUUGUCCCCGACCCCCUCCCCGUCCUGGUAGCGGCAGUAACCGCAGGUCUUGAUGUGACCUCCAAGUCUCAAUCCAAACGCCUGACUCCCGGUCGGUGGAUCUCGGCUCCUGGCCACACACCGGGUUGGGGGCAGGAGACGGGAGAGCUUCCGGUUGCGGCCGAACCCGUAGUGACUGGGGCGGCGCCCGCGGGGGCUGAUGCGCCCGCUCUCCCCAGCCACGCUGGCGGUGACUGUGGCGUGCAUGGUGCUGGCGGUGGGUGUCGGCGUGGUGGGCAUGGUGAUGGGACUGCGGAUUCGGUGCGACGAGGGCGAGUCGCUGCGGGGCCAGACCACGAGUGCCUUCCUCUUCCUCGGCGCGGGAAGAGGGUGGAGGAGACUGCCCAGAAGACCCUCACCCCAGAGGCUCCCCAGCUGCCCUCCCAGGAAACCCCGGGGACCUCUCGGGGACUCCCCAACACACUAACGACUCCCGCAGACCCGGCAGAGACCCCCUUGGAGCCCCAAACCCCAGUCCCCGGGGCCCUCCCGGCCAUCCGCCCCAGGGCCCACCUUCCUCUCCCUGCCCCGCACCCCCGUCCCCCCAGGCUUCUGCUUUCUGCUGGCAGACAUGAUCAUGCAGAGCACCGACGCCAUCAGUGGAUUCCCCGUGUGUCUGUGACUGCAGCCUGCCUGGGGCAGAAUAAAGGAACGGCUUUUUUUUUAGCGCUGCGGCUCCGCGUGCUUUUCUGCGGGUCGUGGGGACGCAGGCACGGGGUUGCAUAGAGGCUCAGGGAAGACAUAAGGACAUGAACUCAUAGGGAACGUGGAGACAGGGA